AUGAACGGUUCUCGGAACAAAUCGGCACCAACUGUCGGUAAGGGACACACGAACGCAGACACCGGCUCCGAAUCGAACCGCAGGGACCGAAAAGCUGUGGGAGGCAUGUUCAAGAAGCUGAAGUCGAGGCGCAGUCAAACGGAUAAGUGGCCCGUCGUCACGGAGGAUGAACUUAGGGCGCUCGGAGGAGAUAUUUCUCCGGAUCAUGUGCUUGGACUCCGGGCUGUCACGGAGGACUAUCUUUGCAAACCUGAAGACAAUAUCUACAACAUCGACUUCACGCGUUUCAAGAUCAGAGAUCUCGAGACUGGCACAGUUUUGUUUGAGAUCGCCAAACCUCCCAACAGUGGUCCUGUAGAGGCUGAAGAGGUGAGCGGAGAUGUUGACGUCAGUGCUGGGCGCUUUGUGCGAUAUCAGUUUACACCAGCGUUCUUGAAACUACAGACUGUCGGUGCAACUGUGGAGUUCACCGUCGGCGACCGUCCCAUUAAUAACUUUCGUAUGAUCGAGAGGCAUUAUUUUCAAGGACACCUUCUCAAGAACUUUGACUUUGACUUCGGCUUUUGCAUUCCCAACAGCUGUAACACAUGUGAACACAUUUACGAGUUUCCGCAACUUCCAGAUGACCUUAUUCGCCAAAUGGUGGCACACCCUUAUGAGACGAGAUCAGACAGUUUCUACUUUGUGGACAACAAGCUCAUCAUGCACAACAAGGCAGACUAUGCCUACAAUGGUGGUCAGUGA